AGGAUAAACAAAACCAGGGUUACUUGGAGUUUAUACAUACUAAGAUAAAUAUUCUGGACUACGGCAGCGACCCCCCAGCGUGGAAGUCAUUAGAUAUGGGGAUUUUGGACCAGCCCUACCUUAUUUCCGGACAGACAUACCGUAUCCGGGGCCUGCUGCAACUCACUCAAAAGUGCAAAGUGAACAGGAUUAGUG